AAACCUAUUGCACCACACUUUCAUGGUGAAUGAAAUCGGGGUAUUCGUCCCGAGAGGUAUUUAAAAUACGAUAUCUGUGAGUAGUUCGCUGGCGUGCCCAGCUCACAGUCGGGUCAGGCUUUGCACAGGUUCACUUGAACGAGCUAUCAACAAACGAGAUUCCAUGGCAACCGAGACGCACUCAGCAGUGACGGAAGUGCCGCUGGUGGACAUCCACGUGGACCAUGAAAACUUAGAAAAUGGCGUCUAUCAGGUUUUGGCCGAGUUGCGCAGUGGCUGGACGCGGGAAGACAUUAGAAGAAAAUACAUUGAUCCAAACAGCGCCGGCGCGAACCGCACGUUCGUGUGCUACGUCACCGAAGAUUUUGAUGACGCAGUUGUUUUCCGUGUUCACACUGACCGUUUCCAACAGUUCGUCAACAGAGAAGUCUCUUUGAAAGCGUUCUUACUUUUCAAUGAGAUUGGUUUGGCGCCAAAACUUUACUGUCGUCUGCGGAAUGGGAUCUGUUGUGAAUAUGUCCAUGGGGAGUCGUUUUCAAAGGAUAAACCAGAAAAGUUGAAAGAUAUGAAUAUUGCCAAGAAUGUUGCGCGGGAGCUUGCCAAAAUCCACGCCAAGCAGACGACAAGACUUGCCCGGGAGAAGUACGACAUCACAGAAGAGAAUGCCCCCUGGAUUACAUUUGAAACGUUGAUGAAAUGUUGGCCAACUUCUUAUUUUGAUGCAGAAUGUCAGAAACUAAUCGACUCCCAUGAGUUCCCCACAAAAGAGGAGUUUAUCGUAGAAAAGGCCGACAUGGAGAAGAUGCUAGGCGACCUUGACCUUGCCUGCGGCCUCUGCCAUAACGACAGUGGGUUAGGCAAUGUCAUCUUUAAUGAAGAAAAGGAUCGAGUUAUCAUGAUCGACUACGAUAUCUGCGGAUACAACUAUCAGCUCCUAGACCUGGCACAGUACACCGUCAGCGCCGCCCUUGGUUUUCCCAAGAAGUCCCCAGAGACCGCCGUACGCGCACUUUUCCCGCCAGGGCAACAGAGGGACAUCUGUCGGGCAUAUCUUGAAACAUUACGCCAACUUGAUUCAUGGGACCGUGACGUAGUUGAUGCAGACGUUGAAAGACUUUAUGUACAGCUGCUCAAAAUAUCUUUUUACUUCAUCAUUUACGGAGUGUCAGCCUGCGGCAUCAUGGCGUCGGUACCAAACGUCGGCCCUGGCGUGAGUCCACGAGAAUACAUAACAUCUGGUAUCGGCAAGUGGAACUGGUAUAAGGAGGAGAAAGAGAGGAUUAUGACUAUGAAGGUCCCGGAUGCCCCGCCCAGGUAUAAUCAAAACUAGACACAUUGUUUGUCUACAUCACACUGUUCAUCACCAUGAAUAAACAAGUUCUGGGCCACAUGGACACGUCAUCGAUUAUGGAGGUCCCGGAUGUGCCACCUUAGCCUGGUACCACUGGCCACCGUCAGACGACGCUGUAUUGACGGGACGGACGUCAAUACAGCGUCGUCUGACGGUGGCCAGUGGUACCAGGCUAGUGCCACCUGGGCAUAACAUUAUGAACUAUGAGCUGAAAGGUUGCAUCGUUAAUGGUCGUCCGAUCAGGAACAGCAGAUUGGUCAAAAUUAUGGAUGGAUGGAUUAUUCAUCAUCACAUUUGAAUUGUUAUUGUUAUCGUUAUAUUUAAAAUAAAUAAAGAAACGCGCAACUUAAUCAA